AUUCCUCUCUGAUUAGGCUAGUGAUCUAAAAUCUUUCAUUAGACUUCAUGUCAGUUAGCCAUAGCUUUCGCCAACUUUAUGGAAGUUCGCAAACAAAAGCCAAGACCAACAAAAUGAUUCAUCACGAACCGUACGAAUAUUAAUACUGAAGUAUCAAGGUGAAGGUGAAGUAUCCUGAAAAUGGACAACAUUGCUCGCAACUCCUCUGGAGACACAGGAUGGGGUAUCCUCUAUCAACACCAGCAGCCAGGAAUUAUACUGACUAUAUUUGGAGCAUGUCUAUUUGGAGCUAUUGUAAGGACACUUCUGAAAUCCCUGAUGUUGCCAUACACAGUUAUAAUGGCCGUUUGUGGAACUGUGAUGGGAUUAUUAAGUUUUCACUAUCCAAAGGUUGAUGCCUACACCAAUGAAAUUGCCAACAUCAACCCCCAACUACUGAUUCACACAUUCAUGCCAGUGCUCAUAUUCAGUUGUGCCUUUGAAAUAGAAAAUCACGUCUUCUGGAAGUUCCUUCCACAGGUUCUAUUGCUAGCAAUACCAGGAUUUCUCAUAAAUACAUCAUUGAUAGCAUUGUUGGUUGUCAAAGUCUUUUCUUACAAUUGGGACUGGUAUACUGGUAUGAUGUUUGGAGCGAUUGUCAGCACAACUGAUCCUUUCAUGUCAUCAGCUUUGUUGAGAAGCCUGGGAACUGCGAAAGCAUUACCUCUUCUAAUUGAGGGAGAGUCACUGUUCAGUGAUGGUGCCUCUUACAUCGUAUUUGAUGCCUUUAAAGAUUUUGCCACAGAUCUGAAACCCUUUGAUGCAUCACAGUUUGCAGUUAAGAUGAUCCUGCAGAUUGUGGGAAGCCCUCUUUUAGGCAUCAUCAUGGCUAAGUGUGUGAUGUUUUGGCUGUCAUAUAUCUUUAAUGAUGGACUGAUAGAAAUCACCAUUACCUUGGCAACUGCAUACAUCACCUUUUAUAUUGCUCAAUGGAUGGGAAUGUCAGGAGUCAUUGCUGUGCUCAUGGUUGGACUGCUUUUGGACAUUGUCAACUUUAGUCCUGAAGUUGAAGUAUUUCUCAUACGAUUCUGGGAAAUGUUGACAUACCUGGCCAACACACUUAUUUUCUUCAUCGUUGGCAUAGUAAUUUCCAGAGCAUUUCAGCAUUUGACCCUGAAUGAUUUCUUCAACAUCAUUGUUCUUUACUUUGCAGUGUACAUAAUAAGGUUAAUCGCCAUUGUUGUGCUCUCACCUCUGUUGGUCCGCAUUGGCUAUGGCUUCAAAUGGCAGUGGGCAUCAGUCUGUGUAUGGGGAGGAACUAAAGGAGCAUUCUGCUUGAGUCUCACACUCAUGGCUUUCCAGGAAGAAGGAUUGGAGAAAGCUCUUGUGCGAGAUAAGGUUUUGCUUCUUUCCUCUGGUGUGGUGGUUCUCACCCUUCUGAUCAAUGCAACCAGUUUGUCAAAGUUUUUGAAUCUGCUAGGCCUCUGUGAUGUCUCUCAGGCCAAACGCAUGGCCAUGUACAGUGCUGUGCAACGUGUGACUGAGAGCUCCCUGAACACUCUGAGCAUGCUCAAAAUUGACAGGUUCCUGGCAGAUGCUAACUGGGAAAUAGCCGAGCAGACAGUGCAUGUUCAAGAUCCGUACAAAACAUCAGAUGAAGAGGUCAGCAUUGAGGACUACUGCCCAACGGCUCGUGUGACUACGUGCCCAGACUGUGACAACGCCAUCCCCUAUGUUCCCUCUCACAGAGAGCGCGAAGACAUGAUGGAAGAAGCACGAAUGCGAGUCCUGAAGGCCCAGAAGACAAGCUAUUGGAAGCAGUACAGCUCUGGAAUGCUUAACCGGCAGGCUGCACGCACGUUGAUUAACACUGCAGAGAACAUGUCCGACCUCAAAGGAAAGUUCAUUACUGUCCAGGAUGUGAAGAAGUAUUGGGACCUGAAAGGUUUCUUUGUAAUCCUGCUGAGAAAACUGGAAGACUGGCUGUACAAUGUCAAAGUUGAUAAACUGAAGCCACCAAGGAAUCUUUGGCUUAAAAGGAGUUACCAGGUGGUGUUCAGUCAACCUUUUGAAUAUUUCAUGUAUGUGGUGAUUCUGCUCAACAUAUUUCCCAUCGCCCUUGAGUUCACCCCUGAAGUUGGCCGUGAGUUGGAGCUAAAGGUCCUCAACUACAUUUUCUGUGUGGUCUAUGUUGUUGAAGCAGUUCUUAAGGCCCUGGCCAUGAGAAGAGCUUAUUUUUUCAAUCACUGGAACCAGUUUGAUUUUUUCAUUAUUGUGAUGUCUGCUGUGGAUAUCUUCAUAGAGUCCCAUUUUGGCCUGGCAGAAAUCAAUAUUCAGAUGAUCAAAAUUGUCCGCGUGUUUAAAAUGUUUCGACUGACCAGGGCAUUGAGAUUGGUGAAGAUAAUGAUACCCAAGUUGAUAAAGGCGACCAAUCGUCAGAUAAGUAAACAGCUCAGCUUUGGGUAUGACAUUGGAAAAGGUUACGUCAUUGGUGUGGAGGACAUUAGCAAAAUCAUUGACCACAUCUCUGAUGACAAGAGCAUCUCUGCGGAACUGAAAUCCAUUCUGGAGAAGAACAGACAGGAAGGAGUCAGGGCGCUUGGUUUCCUACAGAGAGACCAUCCAGAGAUUGCAAUCUCCGUCAAGACCCGGCAGGCCAUCCGGGCUGUGCUGAACAGUGAGAGGGACGCCAUUCAUUCCCUCAUGUCAGGGGGCCUCCUGGAUGACAUAGAAGCAUCAAAGCUCCAGAAGAUGAUCGAGAUUAAGAUGAAGCAACUCACCAAAUUCCCACCGACCAUAUCAGCCCCGACAGCUGAGGAGCUCUUACAAAGUCUGCCAUGGCUCUCCAAAGAUGCUUCCAAGAUCCACUUCUUUAAGAGAGUGGCACAGCUUCUGUUCUUUGACUAUGGAGAUACUAUCAUACGAGAAAAUGAUCCUCCGAGUGGAAUACAUUUGAUUGUCUCAGGCAUGGUCAAGAUCAAAGGUCAGAGCCCAAACCUGGGAAGCAAGAAGCCAAAAGAGAAGAACAGCCAGACAGACUACAGGAGCUGUGGUACCAUCCUGGGGGAGCUCAACUGCCUCACCCAGCAACCCAUGGAGGUCACUGUCACCAGCGAGACUGCUACUCAGACUUGCUUAAUUCCCAUUGACUCCCUGCUUGAGGCCUUUGAUGUCUUCCCUGAAUUCCCCUCACUGGAGUAUAAGAUGUGGCACUCACUGGCUGUGAAGAUCAGCACGGUCACCAUUAUGGAGCACAUCAUCUACCAGGGAUGGACUUACAGGACUAUCUGUAAUCAUCUGGCCAAGGCCUACGUGGUGGACCUGGAGGUGAACCACAAACUAAACAUCUAUGACGGCACCAUGGAAGAUGUAGUGGUGGUGUAUGGCAGUUGUGACGACAUACAGUCACUUAGCUCCUACAAUGCUCCUUCACUCAUUAGUCAGAGCACUCACCAGAUUGUGGGUACAGCCAACAUGACAAAGCUACUGAUUGUGCCUACUGCCUACACCGAGGCCAAAGACGACAGCAAUGAGGCCAAAGAAAGCAUCACUGAGCUGCAGAAGCUCGACAGCCUUCCUUGCCUCAGACAUGCAGUCCAGAGAAGACAUUCCAGGACCACUGGAUCUGGAAUGUUGAAGACCGUGCUGUCAGACGAGUCUGUCAUGGGGAGAAGUAAGGAAAGCCUGAAAGUGGUGGAACAGAGCGCCCCUAGCACCGUGAGGAUGGGACUUUGAAGCAAUUUGUGUCUGCCCUUUCAUGUUUUAAGACAAUAAAGUUUGUAGCCUACUCACCA